GAUGGUCAUGGCUUCCGGAUAGGGGUGGGAAAAACGAGUGGACGGAUUUCAGAGCUCCGGCGCGGCUCCCAAAAUAUUAUGGGAAGAACAAUGUUAGGCUCCGCCCGCAAGCUUAAACAUGGCCUCUCUCUUCUCCUCAGCUAUUUCUAGCUCCACUCUCACCCUUCCCUCUUCAAGAGCCUUCAGUUGCAUGGCCUCCGGCGUCGUCAAUACCCCAACAAAGGUUAUUCCAGCCGUCAUCGUCGGCGGCGGGAGAGUCGGAAGGGCCUUGCAAGACAUGGGCUCCGGUGAUGACUUUCUCGUCAAGAGAGGAGACCCUGUGCCCCUCGAUUUUCAAGGUCCCAUCUUGGUCUGCACAAGGAAUGACGAUCUCGAUCAAGUUCUAGAAGCUACUCCUCGGUCCAGAUGGAGCGAUUUGGUGUUUUUCCAGAAUGGAAUGCUGGAGCCAUGGUUUGAAAGUAAAGGAUUAAAUGAGGCGGACCAAGUAUUGGCAUAUUUCGCAGUGUCAAAACUUGGAGAAGCCCCUAUUGAUGGUAAGACUGAUACUAAUCCUGAAGGGCUCACAGCCGCUUAUGGGAAGUGGGCAUCUGCUGUGGCGGGAAGACUACAUGCCGGAGGCCUCUCUUGCAAGGUUCUUGAGAAGGAAGCAUUUCAAAAGCAGAUGCUAGAGAAGCUAAUAUGGAUUUGUUCAUUCAUGCUUGUUGGAGCACGUAAUGGAGGGGUGUCAGUAGGUGUUGUGGAAAAAGAACACACCUCUGAAGUAUCAAAACUUAUAGAAGAACUAGCAUCAGCAGCAGCUGGAGAAAAAGGUUUAACAUUUGAUGAUGGUAUGGUCGAGCGCUUGUGUGCAUAUUCCCGAGCUGUUGCCCACUUUCCCACUGCAGUUAAGGAGUUCAAAUGGAGAAAUGGUUGGUUUUAUUCUCUCUCUGAGAAGGCCGUGGCGCAAGAAAAACCUGACCCAUGUCCUCUGCACACCAAGUGGCUAAAAGAAUUAAAGGUUGUUUAGAGCUUUAGAUCUCAUGUAUCCUCUGCUUUGCAAGAUCAGGGGCUUAAUUAGUUGGGAUAUCGCUUUCCUUCAAAUUGUCAUAGAAGCAAUACCUACCUCUUCCUUUGUAAAUUUUAUUUUCUACUUUAUAGAGCAUCGAUGUAAAAUGAAAUAAGCUGUGGGAUGAUUAUUAUCAUUAUCCACCAAAUGAAGGUAUUCAGGCUUUCCUUAUUUGAUUUGAACA